UUGUAGGAAGUCGAACAUAUUCGACAAUAUGCUCGCGAUUAUGGAGAAAUAUGCAUCGAAUUUGGAAGAUUUGGUGAAGGAACGAACUGAAGCUUUGAUGGAAGAGAAGCGCAUUACAGAGAUGCUACUGUUGAGGAUGCUACCAAAGACGGUAGCGGAUUGUCUCAAAAGGGGAGAACAAGUUGAAGCGGAAAGUUUUGACUGCGUGACUAUUUACUUCUCCGAUAUUGUUGGGUUCACCGAGUUGUCUGCUUCAAGCACACCACUUCAGGUUGUGGACUUGCUGAACGAUUUGUACACAUUGUGCGACUCCAUUAUCGGGAGUUACAACGUUUACAAGGUGGAAACUAUUGGGGAUGCUUACAUGGUGGUCAGUGGGUUGCCUAAUCGGAAUGGAGACAACCAUGCUGCAGAGAUCGCGUCAAUGGCGCUGCAUUUGCUCAGUGAAAUCAAGUGUUUCAAGAUCAGACAUAGACCCGGGGAACAGCUGAAACUUCGCAUCGGCAUUCAUUCAGGUCCUUGUUGUGCUGGUGUUGUGGGCUUGAGGAUGCCAAGGUACUGCCUCUUUGGAGAUACUGUGAACACUGCAUCAAGGAUGGAGUCAUCAGGUUAUCCCCUAAAAAUCCAUGUGUCAUCAUCCACCAAAGAGAUUUUGGAUCAUCUUGGAGGAUAUAUGUUUGAGGACAGAGGAUUGAUUCCCAUCAAGGGAAAAGGUGAAAUGAGGACAUACUGGUUGGUGGAUGAAGAACCAACGCGUUCAAAAAGAAGUCGAAUGUUGGCCACGGCAGGCACCAGCAGUUCGAGCCGUCGUUCCAUGAGCCUCAGGUUGCCAACUGCUCAUAAUGGCAGCAUCUCUCCGCAUUUCAACAACUUCUGCUUGCUGCAAACGCGUCAAAUCCCCUCCAAUAAGCUUCCUCUGUCACAGUUGCAGCACAUUCCAAAACACCACCUUGGUGGUGCAGGCAGUGAACAGCUUCCUGGAGGGGUUUUGCCCGGGUUCAGACUGUCUAGGCUUCCAUCUAUGCCUAGCAGUAUCACCAGGAGCUUCCAUGAAAGGCGUGGGAUAACGGAUGGAAAAUUGCAAGUUCCGGGGGCGAAACGCAGCGAGUUGUUUGCAUCCCACGAGCUGCUCAAGCCAGUCAACAACCUUCAGUCACCAGUGCAGCAGCAGAAGCCUCCAUUAUCUGCGAAAUUGCUUCCUUCCGGCGGAAGUGACUAUUGGCCCCCGCAUUCGCCGCAUCCAAUGUCGAGACUGCCGUCGAGAAAUGCCAGCAUCGACAUCACGGAUCAUCACAGGUUCGGCGCAGUGUCAUUCAUCGCCAAUUCUGUCAAUUUGGGUUCGAUGAUGACGAGAAGCAGAAGCAUGGGAGAAGCUGCUGAGAAUCCCUUGGACACGAAUAACGCGGGAUACCUCGAAACGCACAAGUUGGAUUUGAGGUCGCAGGGCAUUGAGGAGUUGUGCGAAGAUGCGGAUGAAGCCGAGUCGCAAAUUGUUGCGAAGAACCCGAUGGAAGGUCCUCUGAUUACUUUGGAGCACCCGUUGUUGCCCGAAAAGGCGAAUUCUCGUGUAUCCCUGACUGAGAACCGCGGAAUUGGUCAAGAAGGACCUCUGAUUAUUUCCGCACUGAAUCCCCAGAAACCAGAUCAAGAGGAAAAACCGGGAUUUUCUGUACAAAUGACAUGUUUGAAUCCACCGCCGUUGGACUUAAAAAGAAGUGGUAGGAGUUUUCCAAACAUGGCGUCUGGUAAAGGAAUGCUACUUGAAGAAUUUCCAUGGAUUGGUGUGGGAAUAAUUAUCUUGAUCAUCAUCGUGGCUUUGUGGAUGAGAACGAAGUUGGAGAAGAAACCGCGCGUGUUCAUUGGUGAGGAACGAAUGUCUUCAAAUCAUGAAGUCUUCAACGGAAUAGUGCGACGAAAAAGAGCUGACGCUCUCCGUGACUGCAGUGUUGUUCUAAACAGAAGCUCUGAUCUUGACCGUUUGGCGGAGGAUCUCGUAUCGUGA